AUGGAUGGUCAUUUAUCGUUUUUAAGGACAGCUUGUCGACUGUGUGGAAAAGUCCUUUCAAGGAAGUCUGAUUUCGCUGACAAAAGUUUAUUUAAAAAUGAGUUAUUGAACCAGUUUCAAAUAAACAUUGAGGAAGACUUGGAAGAAAUCUAUCCCAAUAGUAUCUGCGCUGGAUGCAAACGAUCACUUUAUCGAAUUCGUGGCAAUACAGAUGUACAUGCCAAAGUGUCGACCUCAAAACGACCUUAUUUGUGGACAAGUCACUCUGAAGGAAACUGUCCAUGUAAUAAGAAAGCCAGAGGGCGUCCUCCAAAAAGUGUUGAAGAAAAGGUUGUGACGAAAGAUAACGAAAGUGACACUGAGAGCGGUGAGGAAACUGAAACAGAAGAAGAGAGGAAUUCUUGCCAAGAAUUCAGUGCACUAAUUGAAAACAUUCCAUUGUUGGAUAGAGAGUUGGCCCUUGCAUGUGCCACGGAACUUGCUUACCAGUUUAAUCUCAUUUUUCUGUACAGAGAGAACCUUGAAACAUCCAUUCGUUGUUUGAACAGUCAAGAUAAAAUUAAUCUGACUUCAAAAAUUUUCGAGCUAGAAAAAGAAAAUAUCAAAAAAGAUAUUUCAUCCUGUAGUCAAACCUACAAAAGUCUGCCUGUGCUCUUGAAAGUUACACCUCAUACAUGGGUUUACGCCAGAAAUUCCAUUCUUGCUUCUGCAUUUAAUGCACUUGCAAAUGAAAAAACUCAACCUUUUCAGAAAGCUGUCAGUGUUGAUCAACUUUGUUCCCUAGUGCAGCCAUCUUUCAUUAGCCCCUUGAUGUUUGCAUCAAAUUUACUUGCAUACUCAGUCACUCGUAGCAAGCUUGUCCUAAAUAUCUAUGGGAAGUUGCAUCCUGCUGGUGGUAUCACAACUGCCAGAACGUGGCUGAAAAAUUUGACCAUGGAUGUCUCUCAAGUUCCUGGUGGUGAUAUUCUUGCUGCUAUUGACAAUGAUCAAGUACUUAUCAAAAAAUGGACUGUCCGAAAGGAUAACCAAGCACAGAUUAGUGUUCUAACCAGUGUUUGUGUGGCUCCAGUCCAUCCAGGGGGGACUUUGCAGUGGGACCAAAGUCUUUCUCCAGGGUAAGUAAAAGUGUACAUGGUCACUCCAAGUCUGUUACAUGUACUUAUUAUUUCUGUAAUAUUUUGUUUUUAAUUUGCUUUAAUAUUUUACACUUAAAUGCGGAAAAGCGGCAAGCUGUAACAGCUGCACUGAUAACUAAGGCAAGGAACUUAAUGAACGACCUGGGUUGCCACUGGUCAGGAAAUGGUUAGGGAAAAGAAAAAUUCACAAAAUUUACAUGUAACAUGGUCCUUACUCUUUAGGGGAUGCAGUUUUCUGGUAAUAACAGUUUUGUGUUAAAGCUAAGCGAGAGAGAGAGGGAGUGUACUUUCCACUGAUAUGUACAACUACCUACAUUAUUUAGAAAUUGUAGAAAUAAAAAUAGUCAUGUAUUUCCUAAAAAUCAGUAAUGAUUGUUCAGGGUGUAAGCUCAAAUGAUAUUUUUUUGUACCAGGAACUGUCUUGAAAGGUUACAUGUACAAUGUAGCAACUAAUACUUCUUGUCACAGCAACAUGUUCAAUGUAUACAAUUUAUAUUUGUUUCAGUUCAUGGUCUAAAAGAAGUGAACUUUGGAAGAAAAGUGAAGAGGAUAAGGUAAAGCUUUUGGACAUGUGCUCUGCUUCAGAGGACAACAAGGGAUUGAUUCGCCACGAGGUAAAGGCUUUCAGAUGAGCAAACGUAUGCAAGAUACUUUUGAUUCCUACCUUAGAGACGGUCGAUCAUUUUUGCUUUCUGUAUUGGCUAGCAAGCUACCUCAGACACAAAGAAGUUUUUGUUUUAGCUAUCUGUAGAGCACGUAGCCAGUUUACUGGAAAACAGAUUUUGCGGUCUCAAAUCACAAGAAAUUUACAUUUAAUGUCUCAUGAGAAGUGUGACUGGUUUUCUAACAUGCACUGAUUUUGAAGGAAUUUAUUUAUAAGCUGUCUAUCAUAACCAAAUGCCUUAACACACAUGUACACACAAUCAGUAGUAAUUUAUUGGUGUUGGAUUUAUUAAAAGUAAUUUGAAUUUAAUUUGCUUUUGCAUUACCGUGCUUAGUGUUUCGUUUAAAUACCUUGCUCAUGCCACUUUCUCCACCAACUGCAACACAUUGUAAUAAUUUUUGACAUUGCUUAAAUAUUGAUAACACUCUUCUAUUUUCUUAUGACUUCAGAACAAAAAGAUGAUCCAUGAACUUCUUCAUGAUUUGCUAAUGGAGCAAAAUAAAGUCAACGGUGAAUGGAAAGAUGACAUUGACCUGCGUGUAGAUGAAUUAAAAGCGAAUGAAGGAAGACAUGUUUGCCCUGUUUGCCAAACAACAAUGGAACGGACAAGGAGGAAGUGUGUCAAUCCUGAUUGCAGGGUCAGCCUUAAAGCUGCUGAAAGGCAAGUUCAGGGGAGCGACAUUUUGGGUACUGCACUGAUAGCCCCCAUUCGUUGUUAUCAGCAAUGGGUCAAAGAGACCCAGUUUGGAUUCACCAUUGAUGAAAAUGAGGAGGGACAUAUUUUUUGGAAAGAGAAGUUGUCAGAGUGCCAUAAUGAAUUUCAGCAUGUCCCCUCCAACCAUCCUGACCACCCUGUCAAAGUUGUAGCAGGUGACCCAAUCUUUGUAAAUCCUAAUUCAUCAGAUGCCUUGAAGGAAGUAUUGCGCAGGGUUGGCAAGGCAUCCAAUGUGAAGCGCUACAACCCACAUGAUCCUCAAGCUCCUGAGUGGCUUAACAUCACAAUAGAUGGUUUGCCCUACCUGGUGUGCAGGGGAGUUAUUAAUGAUGUUCUGCUUUGUUCCGAAUGUGGGGAGGAGGUUGAAAAGGCUAGUGUUAGUGAGCACUGUAUCAAAAGCCAUCAGGGGCAGCAGUGUAGUACUGUGCAAGAAUUUGACUGGGUUGUGCUCUGCAUUGGCAAGUUUCAUUUAGAAAUGAACAUGGCACGUCAUUUUAUUGACUUGAACUGGGACAUAUUUCUGUCCAAGCUAGCUAGUGAGUUGGGAUUUGUUUCGGAGAAUGCCCAGAGGUAUAUGCGGAAGGGUUCUGAUCAUCACAAGACAAUUUGUCGGUGUUGA